GUACUCUUGAAAUACGCUAACAGGCUAUCGUCACAAAUAAACAUACAAAAAAUGCAUUUUGUUAAUCAUGUGCGGUAUAUUUUGUUUUAUCUCAAGGACUGAUUCAAUUGAAGUGGGCAAAAAUGUGUUAGAGCUGUGCAAAUGCUUAUUGAACAAUAGAGGGCCAAACAAAUCUGGUCGUUCCAUCCACGGCUCUGACGUUGUUGCGUACGGAUCGGUUCUGUGGCAGCAAGGCACGGUGCUCUGCUCACAACCAAUACAAAAUGAUCGGUUUGUUCUACUAUUUAACGGAGAUCUGUACAUAGUACGGAAUGAUCCGAAUGUGAGCGAUACACAAUGGUUGUUUGAAAAAAUUGUGCAAAGCAUGGAAACGGAUACUUUGCAUGAACUAAUCACUCACUUGAAGGGACCUUUUAGCAUGAUUUUGUUAGAUAAAAAGCUUGGAAGGGUAUAUUUUGCUCGCGAUAGUCUCGGAAGAAAUUCACUGCUUCUUGGUCAGAACGAUGAGGGUAUAAUUAUCAGUAGUGUCCUUGGCAAAAUAAUUUCAUUUGAAAUAGACGAAGUUCCACCAAACGGAAUAUACUAUAUGGACUUUUUAAACAAUACUAUGCAGAGAAAUCUUAUGCCUUGGAUUGACAAUGUAAAGGAAGGAUGCUUUCUAACAAUUUUGAAUGAGAAAUUCAUUAAUCUUUCCUGGUUCGAUAAUACAACGGUCCAUAAAGUUGAUUUCAAUUAUCACAGGCUUUUGAAAAAUGUGGAUCUACCACCUGAAAAUGUAUUCGAUAUGUUAUUAAGCAACGAGUCCAUAUCAAGCAUGUGUGAAGAACUGAUUGAAUUUCUCUCCCAAUCUGUGCGUGAAAGAACAACCAACACUCCACCAUAUUGCAAACAAUGUAUUGAUACAGAAGCACUGUGUCCCCAUUCAAGAGUAGGAAUACUUUUUUCAGGAGGGAUCGAUUGCACCAUAAUAGCUCUCUUGGCAGAUCAAUUUGUAAACCAAGAUAUUCCGAUAGACUUGCUCAAUGUAGCAUUCGAGAGGGUUGUUCGAUGCGGAAAUCGGAAAGAUGAGAUCAAUUGGGACGUGCCUGAUCGAUUGACUGGCAGGGCAACUUUAAAGGAGUUACAGAGUUUAAGACCGCAACGCAAAUGGCAGUUUGUGGAAAUUGAUGUAACGCGAGAAGAACUGAAUAACCAUAGAUUAAAAAUUUCUGAAUUGGUGUUUCCACUGAAAUCUGUUUUAGACGAAUCGCUAGGAGCCGCUCUCUGGUUUGCUUCACGCGGAGAAGGCACCUUGAACGAAGCUGUAUAUAAAAGCCAAUGUAGGGUCCUCUUGGUGGGGUCAGGCGCAGACGAGCUGUUCGGGGGAUAUACCAGGCAUCGAGCCGCAUUCUAUCGCAAUUUAAAUUCUAAGGAUCAUCAACAUAAGGACGAGGAAAUAGAGCUAGCUUUUCGUAACUUAGCGGCUGAGUUAGAGCAUGACUGGAACCGAUUGCCCAGCAGAAAUCUAGCCCGAGAUGACAGAAUGAUAUGUGAUCAUGGAAUAACGCCGAGGGCACCUUAUCUCCAGGAAGACUUCAUAGCGGUUGUGAGAAGCUUGAAAUCGUAUCAAAAAUGCUACCAUCCAUUGGGUGCCGGUGUUGGAGAUAAGCUUACUUUACGUUUGUGCGGAUAUAAGCUAGGUUUAAAAACAUCCCCUAUGCUAAGAAAACGCGCUUUGCAGUUUGGCUGUAGGAUAGCGGAUAGCAAGCAAAACGCGAACGAUGUUUCGAUUUUUCUAAACAGGCAAAUAAAAGAUUCUGUACCGUCAUAAA